GUGCUUAAGCAAACUAUUCCAGCUAGGGAACAGUUUUUAUGAGUGCUUCUGUCAUCUGCCACCCCUGGAAGCUGGAAGUGAAUGUAAUGUGAAAAUAUCUCUACUGGAAAAAGCAGUGGCUGCGUGUUCUCAGAGGAUAUUUCUGCUGAUGCAAGAGAAUAAGAAUUACUCCAAAAAAGUCUUUAUAUUACAACAGGAGAAUGACAGAUAUGCUCAGAUGAUGUGUGCCCUGGAAGAGGAGAUGGAUGCAUAUUUUCAAUAUGUUUUAGCAGUAGAUGAAGCUAACAUGGUUUCAUUCCAAGACUUACUUAACGAGAAAGAAAUUGCAGGUGGAUGUUAUAAUAACUUUACAGAAGAAAGCACCAUGACCCCAGGAGCAUUUUUAGUUGCAAAUUUUUCUAAGAAUCCCUCAUAUGUUGAAGAGAAAAAUAGGAAUUCUGAAAAAGGCUCAUUGUCAGUUGCCUCAAAUAAACUUUGUGGGAGCAUUCUAUCCCUGAAUGGAAGGAAAUUGAGGUAUUUCCAGCUGCUUUCUGACCUGAAAGAAGAAAGCAGCAGAUGCUUCAAAGAAAUGGCUAGAUUAUUACAAGACAAGGAGAACUAUGUAGCAAAAUGUAAUGAAUUAAUACAAGAGCGAAAGAGACAUUUACAAAGAAUAGCUCUUUCAGAAAAUGAAAAAGAAACUUUGUUGGGACAUUUGGCAGAGAUAAAGUGUGAGCGAGAUAAAUAUAGAACCUUAGUUUCUGAACUCCAAGACUGCAAAACUAAAUGUUAUCAAACCAUUUCUGACUUGCAGGAGGAAAAAGGUGUACUGAAAAGAGAGAUAGACAGAAUUAAGCAAGAAACUUCAGAUCAGCUUGAUGAAUUUCAGAAAGCAAAUGCAAAUUUUAUUUUAGAAAAUAAAAAUUUAAAAGAAUUAAUGUCUUCUUUGGGUUUCACCUAUGAAGAGCUGAGAAAAGAGAAAAGUAUAGGAACAAAGAAAAAUGUAGUAAAACUAAAAGAAGAAAAUCAACAACCUGGUCUUAAGCCAAAGAAAGUUGAAACAGCAUACUGUAGUGUAACACAAACUGAAGAUCAGGGAGUUCUGGCUAUAGAUCCUUCAGAUUAUUCCCCUGAGAAAAAGGAGAGCAUGUUUGAGAGCUACAGUAUGAUGAAAGAGCGAGUCAGAAAGGCAGAAGAGGAACUAAAAAUACAGCAAAAGGAAUUAGAAAAAUCAAAAAAAGAGGCUCAGAAGUGGUACAGAGAACUUGGUUUUGCUGAAACAAGGUGUGAAGAAACCAAAACUCGUUUGAUGCAGGCUCUCUCAGAAUUGGGCCACCUUAAGCAAGAAGUUGGGGACAAAAUGCAGGGAAAGCAGCAUUGCAAAUUAAUGCCUGUGUUCACUUUGAAGGAUGCCCAGGAAAAAGAGGUGAAUAAAAUAGCCAGUAAGAGAUUAGAGCAACAAGUGUUGACCUUGAAAGCCCAGCUCAGGGACCAGGCUGCAUUACAAAAUCAGUUUUGUGACUUGCAGAGUGAAGUGGAACUCCUUCAGGCUCAGCUAUGUCAAAAGGAGAAAGAACUGCAGAAGAGAAACUCUGAAGUGAAGCUGACAUUAGCUCCUCUGAAGGCUAAGCUGGCUUGCCUCACCCAAAAGUGCCAGGAAAGGAACAGCUUCAUUAGGAGAAUGCAUGAUGAAUUCCACAGGCAAGGAUUUAUUAACUCUGUAUUUGAUGAAGAGAUGAAGAACUUGGUGAAUGACACAACCCUGGCAGAGUACGCGGUUGCUUUUACACCAAUGAGUGAUCAAGAGAUGCUGCCUUCCUCCCCAGACGUUUCGCAGGCUAAUGGACAGCCAGAGGAUCUUGUGGCACGUGCCAAAGGGAACAGAUUGACUGGGUCGGUGUCUGCAAACUCUCAGCCAGGGAUGGAUGGCCCCCACAGUUCUCCCAUCACCCCAAACGUGUCUGCUGGUCCUUCUGUUGGAGUAACAGUCCCAGAGAGGAUCUUAGCCAUGCAUCGAGAACUAAGAGAAAACCAUCGCAAAAAUUGCCAGAUACCUUCAGCUGUCCCCUCCAGCUCAAACCCGUGGGCUGAUGCCAUCCUGCCCAUGGUCCAUGAGGAAGCCCCGGGGCCUCUGCUGUCCGGGAUGAAGGAUGCUGCGGUGCCCCCGGAGCGUGGUGUGUUCUGGGCCACGAAGGGGAGGGGUCGGUUGUCGAAACAUGAUGAUGUAUUUUGGGGUCAAAUAGGAAAUCAGCAUGCAGGUGCUAUUCCCCAGGGAAUGAAACACAAAAAUGCCAUUAUGAAUAAGGCAUGGCUCUCCAGAGAAAAAACAGAUGGCUCAACCUCAGCUACCACAGCAGAAAGCUAUUUGCCAGACGUGCUGUCAGCAACUAAUAAAGGUCGAUAUCCUGUGGGGAAAAAUCAGCUGCAUGGGAAAGAAUAAAACCUGCAGAAAUCAAACAAGGGAUGAGUUUACCAGUUGGUUCAGUCUGUAUUAUUUAACAGUGAACAGAGGCAUCCUGAUGUUCAAUUCAGAGAAGAGGAUGAAUUAGGAUGUCACAAUAACUUACAAUGCAGAAUGCAAGAUUUCACUGCCUCUGGAGACCUGCAAUGCUGUUAACAAUUUUUCACAGCUCCUGGCAACUGGCUGGACAGGAGACAGUGGUUGCUGCAGCUCACUUGGGUCUAGGGAAGAACGUAUCAGUCACAGAGAAGAAGCAGUAGAGCUCUGAAGGACGGAUGAAACGUGGUUUGGCCUGAAGGUGACUGCAGCUGCUACGUUAUGGGGAAAAGGAAGAAGUUGCCCUAAGUUACCACCUGCACCAUUUCAGCCGCCUGCUGUAGUGGAAGCUGGCCAUGCAUGCCAACCCAGUGUGUGGUUUGAGUCUGAAUUUUAUUGUGUUUUCUUGGGAUCUCAUCAUUUGCAUUUUAAAGCAAUUACCAAGUUAAGCACCAUCUCCAUCUUCAUGGGUCUGCUUAUGUGGAUAUGUGAUAUCUUCAGCCUUGUGUGGCUUUGAGCAUCUCUGAAAGAGCCUUUGAUCCGAGUUGGGAUGUUUAGUAUAUCUGAGGAUGUGAUACUUGAGGGUACAAACUGUUUAGCAAAUGAGACAGAGUGGCAUUUUUACAAGGGUAACUUGGAAUUGGGAAUGAUCUUCAUGUGUGCUGUGAGGCACUUGGAACAUCAAAGUGCUCUGUCCUAAUACUCUGAGUAUUUCAACCACAUGAAUAGGCAACUCUGAAUUUAAUUUCAGAUAAAGCACUUGCAGGAACACAUGCUUCUCCUGAAAUAGGCGCGUUUGUGCACUCGGGUUGGUAGCAGCACAUAUGAUGCAAACACCUUUUGCAACCGUGCUGCAAAAUAGAGAUUACACACCACAACCCCUACUAUUCACCUCUGAGUACUGUUUGGGAAGGCAGGGAGAUGUGCAUGCAGGCACCAGAGCUGUGCAUCAGGAGUCCUGUGGGUGCCUCCAUCCAUUCUGUAAAGGCACAGAGCACAGUGCAGUCAGUGGCAAUGCUCGUGCUGACCUGAAUGGCAGCAGCUGCUCUCAGACUCAUACACAGUGAUGCACUUUCAGUUUUGAUAACUGUUUUAUUACUUGUAUUUAUCUUUUUUCUUUUUUAACAUUGAGCUAACUGCCAGGAUGUGUGCUGUCUUUACAAUGUGUAGUUGCCCAGUAAUUACAGAUAUCCUUUGAAAGGAAGCAGAAGAAUAAUAAACCGUGGAAUCCCAAAUCAGAUUAAUAUAAUGUGCAUUUCUAGAUUACAAUUAGUAACAGGAUGACACGUCGUCAUGGUAACAUGUGAAGCUUAACUCCAAGUUCCUAAAAUAAAGCAAUGACAUAUGUGUAGGUUUCUAUCCAUUUGCAUACUAUCCACAUGAAAACAUACAUAAUUUCUACAACACUCAGGCAAUUAAACCCUGCUUCUUUCUUCUGAAUUAACUGUUGAAUUAAAAUACCAGGCCUCUUUCCUAGUAUUUAUACAGAAUCUCCCACCAUAAAUUGUAAAUGUUGAUAAUGAAUCUGUCCAUUUUGUAACAUCUUAAGCCUUCUGUCUUUUGGUUUCAUUUUAGAACAAUUAGUGUUAGGAAUGUAGAGCACUCUUUAUUCUUUGUGGUUUGUACCACAUCGAUCUCCUUGAAAUUCCACCACCUCCUCAUAUGAAAAUUGUCCAACCAAUAUUGGAAAACUCUCCUUAUAAAUUACACUGAUAGACCAGUGGAUGUGUUUUAUGUGGCUGAGGAUUGGGAAGUAAAACCCCAACUUUACCUCAAAUCACUGGAAGAAGGCAGUAAAUUUUUAAUGUGAGAUUGCUAGCUAAGACAGAAAGCCUAGCUAUUGUUUUCUAGUUGCCUUACAGUGAAAAGUGUUGUCUACUUGCUGGAGAGUCUGAGUUUCCUUCACUAAGCAGAAGUUAACUUGUUUAAUAUGCUAUCUAUGGUAGAGUUACCAGGACAUGUUUUACAUGUACUGUAAUUUCAUGGUAAAUCUUCAGAGAAUGAAAAAUUGGGUGCUUUGUUCUGAUUGCUUUACAUGUACAGCAUUGGUUUUGGCCAAAUUCCUUAGUCAAAAUUACGCUGCUGCUAAGUUCUGUAAGUAAAUGCCAUCUCCUUCUGUCACCCUAAAUAGACAAGAUGGGCAGUGUUACAUGGAAAAUAUGGUUCACUUAUUUAUGUAUAUUUUAUUGUAUAGAGCAUUGGAGGAUAUUGGAAAUAUAAUUUACAGGUUGCUCCUUAAGUGACCUUUAAAUCCCAAGUUCUGUUCUUCACACCACUAUGGUUGGCAAAUGCUGCGAGUACAAUGAUUGACUCUGGCGUGAUAAUCAUGUUAUAUUCAGAAUAAUGCAGUUGCUGGGAAAUGUGUCACAUACACAGCAGAGUUCCCAGGAUAAACUGCCUGCUAAAGCAUGGCUGAUGUUUGUCCCUGUGGCCUUUUGAAAAGUGGAAACUCUGAUUUUUGUGUUUCAUGAAUUUACCUGUAUUUCUCACUUGCAGAUGAAGGUUUUUAAUAUUUGAAUUUACAGUGGUUAUGGGGUGGAGGGAGGGAUAUGUGCAUGCUGGGUUUUGCCACCAAUCCUUGGAAAUCCUUUAGUGCCUUAAGGAGGCAGAGGGGUAACAGGCCCUAGGAUUACAGAAACUUGUUCAAACCUCUUUCCUGCUUUAGAAGAAUUCCUUUAAAAUAUGUUGUGCCUUUGGCUCUAAAUAUUUUUACAUUAGAAAUCAGUAGCCAUGGGAUUAGGGACAGGAAUCUUUGCCCCUGUAGAAAUGUUAGGAAAGGGAGUAUACUAUUUCUUGUAUAGGAUAUCAUCUAAAAAUACAUCUAACAAUUUCUGCCAUUGGGAUCCAUGCAUACUAGGAAAGUUGCAAGUUGCAGUUAAAGGCAGAACAAAAAAAAAAAAAGGAAAAAAAAAAAAGGAGAAAGUUUAAAUAUACUGGAUUAAAUGCUUGUAUCAUUGAAGUGACUGGCAAAUUUCCACGGGCUUUCUUGGGAUCACGAUUUCAUGCUUGCUUCUACUUGGCCCAAGAAAUUCUCACAUGUGACAGAUAUGUGGACAUUGUGUUCUCUAUAAUGUUGUAGGGGAGGAAAAGAGAGAUAGUAGUUUUGGAGACCUGCCUUGAUUUGGAGUUGCUGGGAUCUGUGGUAUAAAUCUCUGUUCACUAUUGUUUCUCUGUGUAAUGACUCUUGCUUUGGGAAGAUGAAUAUGCAAAUGUAAAUUCCAAUGUGAGAAGUUACUGUGCAGUGUGCACUAACCGAUGCCAAACUACAUUUCUCUACUUUCUGAACUGUGGUCUUUUUCAAAAAGAGGGAAAAUGUAACUAACAGAUGAAAACCAUUCCAGUGCCAAAAAAGCCUGUAUGAUGCAGUUCAUGUAUCACUUACCGAUGGUCCUAAGCAGCUCUUAGGAAAAGUUGAAUAAGCUUUUAACUUAUGAGUGGAUUUUAUCUUCUAGGAAUUAAG